AUGGACAAUGAGAUGUGCUAUGUUCAUGGAGGUGGAAUACCAUCUCCAUCUGGUUGGUCCACUGGUUUUUCUCAAACUAAUGAUUCAUUCGAUGAUAUUUCGGAACAACGAUCGAGUUUAGCAUCACCCCCAUUGGUUCCCGCUCCGAAUUUUGUUCCCGAGCCCUGUAUUCUUGGGCAAGGUGGAGGGGAGACCGAUUCUAGCCAGUUUGGCCCUGACAUUAGCCAAAUGCUGGAUGACCCAUUUAGGAAUCUCGGCCAUCGAUGUGCCCAUUCCGAGAUACUGACCAGUCCUGACAAUGGCAUUAACUUCGAUGGUGAUCUCGGUGUUCUGGGCGGCGGUUACGAGCCUUUCUUUUCUGAUGAGAACGAGGAGCCUGACUUGUCUGGCAUAUACUUGGAUAUGGAUAGACUUAAUUCCUCGUCUGCUAUACCACCUUUGUUUCAGGUGGGAGAACCAUCCUCUGCAGUUGCAGCCCUUCUCCCUUCUCCUCUUUCUGCUACUGCUCCGCCCUUAGCUGCAGCUACAGGAUGGGCAUUGGGGCUUGGGUCGGGUUUAGCUGAGAGUUUAGCUAGCGACAGGCCCAGGUCGAGGCACCACUCCAGUCAGUCUGUCGACGGGUCGAUGACUAUCAACCCGGAAAUGCUCACUUCAAACUCCGGGGAGCCCUCAGGAGCGGAGAGAAAGAAGGCUCUUUCUGCUGCUAAGCUCGUUGAGCUGGCUUUGGUCGAUCCGAGGCGUGCCAAGAGGAUCUUGUUGAAUAGGCAGUCGGCUGCGAGGUCAAAGGAGCGGAAGUUGCGUUACAUUACGGAGCUCGAGAGGAAAGUGCAAACCUUACAAACUCAUGUCACAACACUGUAUUCUCAGUUAACCCUCUGGCAGAGAGACAAAACCGAUUUGAACACCAAAAAUCAUGAGCUGAAGUACCGCUUGCAAACUAUGGAGCAACGGAUUCAAUUGCAAGAUGUAUUGAACGAUGCGCUUAAGGACGAGAUCAAACAUCUAAAGGUGCUGCCUAGCCAGGCCAUGCCCAACGGUGCACCAGCCAUGAUGCCUUUUGCACCACACCCGCUGUUUUAUCCUCCUAACAAUAGUGACCCGCACCCUCCUAUUGCUGCGCAACAGCUCCAGCAACUGUAUAUUCAGCCGCCAGAGCUGCAACGUCUGUUUCAGGUUCAACAUCAUCAACUGCCACAACUGUAA